AUCAACCACCGCUCUGCCCUUACCCGAAAAAGGAGAAAAAAAAAAAAACAGUUUAUUCGUUGAGAAACUGCCAGCCCAGGAAUAAUCGACAUAGUGCUGGGCCCAGGACAUGUCUAGCCAACAAAUAAGCCCGACAUAAAUAGAAGCCCAAACAAUGGAGAAAACAUAGAAGCCCAAAUAAGCCACCGUCAUCGACGCGGCAUCAUUCGACGUUUCUAAUUGAUAACCCUUUGUCGAGCUUCUCCAUCCUCGAAAAGCCGCAACCACGGCCAAAAUCGGAAGAUACCAGAAGAAAUCCGAUCGACAAAACAAAUCCCUCUCUUCCUCCGGUCAGCGGCGGUGUAAAAUCCCUAACCCUCUCUCGAUCUAUCCCCGGAGGCGAUGCCGAAGAACGACUUUCUCACGCCGAAGGCGAUCGCCAAUCGGAUCAAGGCGAAAGGCCUGCAGAAGCUCCGAUGGUACUGCCAGAUGUGCCAGAAGCAGUGCAGGGACGAGAACGGGUUCAAGUGCCACUGUAUGAGCGAGAGCCACCAGCGCCAGAUGCAGAUCUUCGGCCAAAACCCUCACCGCGUCGUCGAGGGCUACUCGGAGGAGUUCGAGAACGGGUUCCUCGACCUCAUGAGGCGGAGCCACCGCUUCUCCCGCAUCGCCGCCACCGUCGUCUACAACGAGUACAUCCACGACCGCCACCACGUCCACAUGAAUUCUACCGAGUGGGCGACGCUGACGGAGUUCAUAAAGUAUUUGGGACGGACGGGGAAGUGCAAGGUGGAUGAGACCCCCAAGGGUUGGUUCAUCACCUAUAUCGAUCGGGAUUCCGAGACGAUGUUUAAGGAGAAGAUGAAGAACAAGAGACUUAGGGCUGAUAUGGUGGAUGAAGAGAGGCAGGAGAGGGAAAUUCAGAAGCAAAUUGAGAAGGCGGAGUUGUUGCUGACAGGUAAAGCCGGCGAUGGGGAGGGUAAUGGUAUUGAAGAGGGUGCAGUAGAGCCGCCGGCUAAGGAAUUGAAGCUUGAUGCUGAUGGAGUCAAGAUUGGAUUUCAAUUGGGCUCGAAGGGUAACAAUGGUGUGAAGGAUAAGGGUGAGAGUUCAAGCUCAAGAUUGGUUUUUGAGGAGGUAGAGGAGGAAAGAGAGGGGAAGAACUCGAGAAGUAAAGGAAGCAACGGUAAUGUUGGUAGAGUUGGGAAAUCUGCGUUAGAGGAACUGAUGAGAGAGGAAGAGAAUGUGAAAGAGAAGAAGAACAGGAAGGACUACUGGCUAUAUGAAGGGAUCAUUGUGAAGGUUAUGAGUAAGUCGUUGGCGGAGAAAGGGUAUUAUAAACAGAAAGGAGUUGUUCGGAAGGUGAUUGAUAAGUAUGUUGGGGAAAUUGAAAUGCUUGAGAGCAAGCAUCGGCUGAGGAUUGAUCAGGUUGAACUCGAGACUGUGAUUCCACAGGUUGGAGGUUUGGUGAAGAUAGUGAAUGGAGCGUAUAGAGGGUCCAAUGCGAGGCUUUUCGGAGUGGAUACAGACAACUUUUGCGCCAAGGUGCAGAUAGAGAAGGGGAUUUAUGAUGGCAGAGUGCUUAAAGCUGUAGAAUACGAGGAUAUAUGCAAACUUGCGUGAGGGUCCUUCUGUCUAUCGAAUCCAAACAGGACAUAGCUGAACCUUACAAAUUGAUUUGUGAUGAAUCUUGAGUUGGCUUUGGUUUUCUGUAAUAUGCUGCUCUGCUACUUGAGGGAGAUUUUGCUGAUGCGAAUCUUGGACAAACGGGGGAGAUUAGGCAAGGAUGGAUAUGUGACAUCGUCGAUGAAUAUGCCCCAUCAUGGUGACUGGAAUAGUUCCAUAUAUCAUAUUUCAGCUGCUUCUGGUAAUCAGAGAUCUCCGCAGACUUGUGAGGUCCAGGCGCAUAUGCAAACUUUCUGUUGGUUGGGAGUGGACAUCUAACUCCCAAGCUUGAGAAAGCAAUUGCCAAUUGUUGUCGUUCAUUAUGUAUCACUGAUUAGUGUAACACAUCAACUGUCUAUAUUUGAAUGUCCAUUUCUUGAUUGACUUGUCUAUCAAACAGAACGAGUUGGAGGCAAGAGCUCCUGUUGGCAUCUGCUCUACCUGCUUAGAGAUGUUAGUAUCGGCGUCUUGGCUGCCGGAGAAUCCAUACCUGCCGAUUCUGAUUUCAGCUGUCGAAUUGAGGGUUUAUUGUGAUGCCUUCUUGUGGAGGUUCGCCGUCUUUUUCAGUUUUCUGUGGAAUGGACUUGGUUUGGUCGCUUGUGUUUAUGUAAUCGGCUACUUUUCCACCAUUUUUUCUGUAUCAUCCUCCAAGAGGAAGUAGGGUGGCCAACUCAACUCUAUUUCAGCUACCUUUUCCUUUACAAGAGAUGCCGGUCAGUGAAUAUGCACGCAAAAGACUGAAGUUUGGGAAGAUAUGAGAUUUGCUUAAUCCUAGUUGGGUCUAGACAUGUGAGAUUAUUUUCUGAAAGUCUUGAUUCCUAUGAAUUAUAAAAUCAC